GUCGAGAGGCGUACGUGCUUUACGUUCUGCAGACACGCGCAAUGAUAGCCGGAAGCAUCGAUGGGAGGAAAAUAAAAAUCGAUUAAAUCCACCUGAAUUCGCGAGUGUAAACCUCUCACUUACUGCUCGUUUCGCCGUAAAUCAUCGGCCUCUGGCGCUGCCAGUGUGCGGGAGGAGCCGGCGAGGAGCGGGCGAGCUGCUCCGUUUCAACCAAGUUGCUCGGCAGGGGUUUAGCUGACGUGUGGAGAAGUUGAGACUGCCACCGAGCAGAUAAACAAACAUAAACAAGUGGCGAUCAGCUGAGCGGCGGUCCGGACCCAGCCAGCGGCACGGAGCGGUGUCAGGGAGAGCGGCUCCCCUCUGCUGGAGCCCCCAGCAUGAUCCACAGGAGACGGUGACUUUACACUGAUACCAGGGUCCAUGUCAACUGUCAACACAAAGAAUAUCCGAGGCUCAACACGAGGAGCAGCAGCAGCAGCCACAGGCUUUAGCAGAAAACCCCACUGCUCCUGUCACUGUCUCUUUGUCAAGACAUAGCCAGGCUAGCAUGGACAGCCGGUGAGGUUAGCUUCCAGUGUGCAGCUGUAACCAAACGAAUCCAUAUCACAGUGCAAGGAGACGGAGACGUGGGAUCACCAUGGCCCACCAGGCAACCCCAAGUUCCCAGAAGGCCCUGAUGAUGGAGCUGAAGUCCCUGCAGGAUCAGCCGGUGGAGGGCUUCCGCAUCACUCUGGUGGAGGAGUCAGACCUCUACAACUGGGAGGUGGCCAUCUUCGGGCCCCCAAACACCCUGUACGAGGGGGGCUAUUUUAAGUCUCACAUCAAGUUUCCAGUUGACUAUCCAUACUCCCCACCAACCUUCCGCUUUCUCACCAAGAUGUGGCACCCCAACAUUUAUGAGAAUGGAGAUGUGUGCAUCUCCAUCCUGCACCCUCCUGUUGAUGACCCUCAGAGCGGGGAGCUGCCCUCUGAAAGGUGGAACCCCACCCAGAACGUCAGGACCAUCCUGCUUAGUGUGAUCUCGCUGCUCAAUGAGCCCAACACGUUCUCCCCAGCCAAUGUUGAUGCCUCUGUCAUGUUCCGUAAAUGGAGAGACAGCAAAGGCAAGGACAAGGAGUAUGCGGAGAUUAUCAGGAAGCAGGUGUUGUCAACAACGGCAGAGGCUGAGCGAGAUGGUGUCAAAGUGCCGACCACACUGGCGGAGUACUGCAUCCAGACCAGGGUUCCCUCCCAGGACAGCAGUUCCGACCUUCUCUACGACGAUCUCUAUGACGACGACAUGGAGGAGGAGGAUGACGAGGAUGACGAGAGCGAGAUGGAAUCUGUAGGCGAAGCCGGGGGGUUCAGCAGCAUGGAGGAUGGCGGGAUGUCCACCAGACGCUACGACAACCAGGACGACUCUGGCAACGAAGACUCGUGAUGAUCUGGAUGAUAACUCUCCCCUGCCAACUCCCACACCACUUCCCUUCUUUUAUGUGUUAAGUUACAGUGUGUGUGUGUGUGUGUGUGAGUGCGUGCGUGUGUGUACGCGUGUUUGCGCACACACAGUGGGGUCAAAAGUCUACUGCCAAAAUCUUUUCAUCAUUUAUUAAACUAGUACAGAGGAUUGGUCAAAUAAUAGUUCUGUCAGGUACUGUUUUCACUGAAAGUCAGAUUUCCACCGUUUGCCUUAAUUACAGCUUGCACUGCAUCGGUCCAGCGUGAAAUGUCUGGCAGAGUCUGAGAAUGGAAAUGAAUCCAGUCUUGUUUAAGGGAACACCGGGUGUGUUUCUGAUGCGUUAUAUUUUCAGAUUUUUAAAUGUGGAGGCCGAGAAUCCAUCUUCUGCCUCACAGUUUUAAAUUAGAAAUGAUGGCAUGCUUCUGCAGAGUGGAGCAGUGUUAGUUUAUUAGGAAAAACAUCCACACACUUUUGUUUUCAUCUCCAUUUUCAACUCGAGGUUUUAAUUCCCCCUUUUACUUUCUCAUGCAACCAGCUCCUCUCAUACUUUAUUGUAAGUGGUUAGGUUGCAACCAUUUUUUUUCUUAUCUCUCAACAUUGAAAUUUCAGUCAGGUUGAGUCAUAACCAUUUAAGUUUUUUGCUGCAGUUGAUUGACCUUUUAACUUUAGCUUUGUUGCACCGAUAUGCAUAUUGGAUGCUGAUGUAGUUCUUUCUAAAGAUGCUGGGUAGGUCUGUGUGGUCCCUGUUUGGAGGAAAACAAAGGAAAUUGGCAUUAGCACGAGUAACCACCACAAAAAUGCAACAUUGUUGAGGAACAUACAGGUGUUGAUAUUUGAAAUUGAAUUCAGCAAUAAUUUAAUAAAAUCUUUCCAUUGCUUAUACCAGUAAUUAAUUUUAGGAAAUACCCAAAGAAAUAAAAUCACAUUUUCAAUAUAAUGUGUAUUUAAUUGGCAAACUAUUCAACUUAAGUUAACAGCCCAUUUUGGAUUUUGAUAAAUGAUGAAAACAAACUGUCUUCGUGGUGGUCUCUUGAACCCCACUGUAUCUGGACGGCUCUUUGUCUCCUGACACAUCAGUCUGUAUGGUUUUGUGUUGAAAGGCUGUUAUGUACAUCUCUUAUUCAAUCGGUUGACUUUUUUUCUUUCUCAACUUGUCCCUUGUUUCCUCUGGGAUGGCUCAGACAGUCUGGUUAAUGGACACUUGCUGUGUCGGCUCAUCAACCAGAUGAUGAACUGGGCACCUUGUCUCGUUACUGUCCCGUGUCUCUCAUAACACCUUUCUAUUCAACUUUGAUGCAAUCAACUUCAACUGACAAACACAGGCUACGCUGUGCCACCACCCUCUUGUACCCACCUUUACUUGUGUCCAUAACAUCUGUUCCUCAUGAUUGCUCCAAGCAGCGUCAUUUGUUUUUGGGGGUGAACAAGGUAAAGACCUUUGUUAACAUCGCCUCCUAGACCUCUCUCUGCCUCUUAAACCUCAGGGCCUCUAUAGAUUUUCAGUGAGAGAAAGAAAAUAGAGAUAGAGAAACUAAAGACACAAACUGCUACUCACCGGCACCAUUUUUCUUAUUUUCUGGGUGUUAGUAGAGAGCAGAGAGUGAACUGAAGUCUCCAAACCCACCGCCAGCGUGUUUACACAUGACUGAGUGUUGCUGUUGGUCCUGAAUAGGGUUAUUUGCAGUUGUUUUCUUCUUGGUAGGCUAGAGUCAAAAUUGAAGAAAAAAAUAAAUACACCUGUAGGGACUUUGUCCUCAAGCCAGUGGUCACAUUAUGUUGCAAUAGAAUAUGUUACAUUUCGUGCUGUGACUCCAAAUCAUGCUUUAAAUAGUGAAAACUGGACGUUGUUACUGUGCUGAAUCACUUGCAAAGAUCAACAGGGACAAAAUCAACAUGCAGCUUAGCUACACACGCAUUUGAAUGAAUAUGACACUGAUUGCCUGUUGUGUGUGUGUGUGUGUGCGCGCGUAUCUACAUUUACUAUUCAUCCAUUGACUGUGAUGUCAGGGUUUAUGUUCCUGUCUCUGUGGAAUCAGUCUGUCACACGAGUGAGUUUGCCCAAAUGACCCUUUGAGCUUUGUCCAGUUGAGAAAACAUUCAGUGUUUUCCCUGUGCUGCUUCAGUGGGUCUGAAUUCACAGAGGAUUUGACUGAUUUAAAAAAAUCUGUUUUCAAGUAUUAAACUUGUGAACACAUUGAACAGACUAAUAUUACCUGUAUGGCAUGGAGUAAACUACACGUUGGAGCUGGGUAACAGUUGUGGGUGUGAAUCAUUUGCCCUGUUCAACACGACGGAGCACUGGGACAGACCUUUGAUUCACACGGCUGGAUUUUAUGCAAAGUUCAAAUAAAACCCCUGCGACUGCUCAUGUUAAAGACUAUGGAGCAAUGGAUGCAUGUAGUGGAUUUAACGCUGUUUGAUUAAACUCUUUAAGAGAUUCCUGUUGGAUUUUAAUGUGAAGCCAAAGGAGAGAAACACUUUCUCCCGGCCCAGCCGGCCGCUGUGCUUCGCCGGCUCACAGAGACUAGAUUCUGUGAAGGACUCGGAGAGGACGUCUUCUGAACCGGAUCUUACGUGGAUUUGAUAUCAAGGCACAACAGGAAAUGGAGUGAUGCCAGAGAUUCUGAACUUUUAACUUUUAUGUGGUACCCAUUUUUGCCCAUUCAUCACCAUAUAGAGAUGUGAAAUUAUAGUCGUUAACAGAAAGAACCAAUCUCAUGUGUGCCUUCAAAAGGGAUAUUUUGAAAUUUGGGUGAAAAUGCUUAUUUGCUUUCUGGUGGCGAGUUAGAGAGAUCAAUACCAUCUCAGUUCUGUUUGUGUGACUAUGAAGUAAGCAAUUAGCUUAGCUAAUCACAAAGACUGGAACAAUCCAGCAGUAACAACAUCCACAGCAGCACCCCUUCAACUCAGUGAUUAAUAUAUCUCCAACUUAGGAGCAAAGAUUACAAUUUGUCAUUUGUCAGAUCUGCUCAUAGCCUGACCAUUGCUUUGAGCAAAGAAAUCGCCCACCACAUAAAAUGGCAUAAAACAAAUUUGGUUUAGAUAAAGAUGUUAAUGAUUGAGCUUUAGGUGCUGGGAGGCUGCUCGCUGUAGCUUUAUAGGCCACAGGCAACCAUGAUGAGAGUGGUAUCAGUCUUCUCAUCUAACUCUCUUCCCAAAAGUGAACAUGCAUAUUUCUUCAAAACUAUUCCACUUUUUACCAUUUAAAAUUGAAACUACAGCCAGCAGCAGAUUAGCCUAGUUUAGUCACAAAGACUGGGACAGAACUGUCUCUGUCCAAAGGUAACAACAUCUACCAGCACCUUUAAAGAUCACUAAUUAGAAAGCAUGCAAGUGGUCUCCCUCUGUUUCCAGUACUUGUGCUAAGCUAAGCUAACCAGCGGAUGGCAGCAGCAUCAUAUAUUUUACUGACACACAUGAGAGGGGUAUCAAUCUUUUCAUAUAACUCUCUUGUAAUCAAAGCGUGUCCCCCAAAAUGUGGAGUUAUUGCUUUAAAGCCCGUUUUUGCUUAAGUUAAAAAGUAAAAAAUCUGAAUCUGCACUAUUUGUUUUUGUUAGUGUAUAAUCCAGGCGUAGUAUCGCCCUCACGUUAGUAAUUCAAUGAUCAGUUUAGAGCUCUACGAUAUUAGAAUCAUCCCCUUUUUGGAACUUUAAUGUUUGCCUUGAGUUUUAAUGAGUGCAGGUGUAGUAAAGAUAAGGAGGGACACGGAUUCCCAAACUCAUCCCGAGUAAUGACACACACUAAAAAUGGAUCACAGUCUAAGAUGUUGAGAUGUUAUUCUAUACACACCGUUAAGUACAAAAAAGACUGAAUGACAUCAGUUAGGUCAUCUAACCUGUGUGUGUGAGCAUGUGUGUGCACAGGUGUGUGUUUUUUGAAGUGGGGGGGCGGGUCAACACUGUGAGGUCCCAUGAGGCCUUCACACAGUCACACAUGUAAAGGACUGAACUGUCCACAAUGCUACCACUAACGUGUACACACCUAUUGAUGUUAAUGCUGUCCUUGUUGGUUUCAACCUUUGAUUUUAUUUCAUUAUUUUCCUCCAGAUUUUGUGUUUUUGAGGAUGAAAACAUCACUCAUAAAGUUUCUAUUGUAAAAAAAAAAAAAAAAAUUCAUUGUUUGGUUUGUUACGAAAUUGCUAUGGUAUCUGUUGCUGAGCCUACAUGUCUUGGAGAACAGGCAACACAGCGACCUGGUCUUUGGGGUAGAAUAAGGAGUGAUAUGCAAGUGGAGGGGUUUCAGUUAUUGUGGUUAAGUUGGAAAAUGAUUCAAAAAUAAAUCAGUAUGUCAUUGAAAAAUGCUGGAAGGGUUUCACCUUAUUCUGCCAUUGAUUACCACAGAUUAUUACCACAACAGACUUUAGUUAGUGUGCGACUGAAAAUAUAUUAGCUGAAAGCUUGGUUCCCCUCAACUGCUGGAUAACUUGACCCUUGAUAUAUCUAGUCAUGUAUGCCUCAUUUAGUUGAAUGGAAGUUACACAGUGUUAGAUAGAUCACAUUUAUUAUCCUACAGCACCGUGUUUCCAGAAAUGAUGGCCUUGUUGCUGUGGAUAAUCUAUAGAUAUCAGUGUGAACAGCUUUUAAUUGGAACCACUUCCCACUUAAGAAAUACAUCACCUCUAAAACAGUGCGACAUUGUUCCCAGAAAUUCAUGCUGCUCCUGGAUUUUUCUUCUUGAAUAAUUCAAUUUCAAAGCUUUGUGUGCCACAUUUAAAAUCUAUCCAUACUUCCCUACUUUCAAAUGACCUGUAACAUUUUUAUGGCCAAUUUUAUGCAGCAUUAUGGUCCAUAAUUGCACCCAAUUUGAAACUAAUGACGAUGAAUGCGUUUAAUGAUAUUCAAUAACUCAUAUAAAGACAACACAAUAACGACCAUGAAGAUAGAUGGUUAUUUUAAUUCAGAACUAUUAGUUGUCUCCUAUCAUUGAGGGAAGGACUUAAAGUAUCUUCCAGGCUUCAUAUGAAUUGCUGGGUUGAUGGUGUGGUGAUUUUCAAAGCAAUAUACCAGCUUGUGCUGAAUGGACAGCUAUAGUAUUUAUAUCAUUUUUUUUAAUAGUCUGUGUAUCUGAUGUAAGUCUAAUGGCCACUGUGGGAAAGUUUACUGACCUCCACUUACUGGGCUUCCCAUGUUCUUAUAAUAGCUAUCAGUUAACUGAAGUGAGGGUUUCCGUUCUGCAGUGCGAGUAAAAGAGCACAUGUUGUUUUAAUUAAUCUUAUUUCAUCCCUUCAGCAGAGGCCAUCUGUAACUGCAGAGUGAAGUCCAGAGCAGAACAAGCAGUUAUAUAAAGAACAAUGAGGCAUUAUGCCAAUUACUAUAGGGUAAAGGUUUUAUGUCCCAUUUAAUUUCAACAUUAAAUUGAUGUGGGUGUGUUACUUUUCAGGCUUUGACUGUUGAUAAAGUAUAAUUUGAUUACACAGCACUGCUAGAUUCUUGUCCAGUAUGAUGUUGAGCUGACUGACUUAAAAGGUUUUCAUUGUUAUUACCUGGUCUAUAUAUCUAACCACAGGAUGACAUAUGUCAAAUGACCCAAUUCCUUUGGUCAUUUUCUCACAGUAGAUGAUAAAAACGUCACAGUUAUAAGGUAGCACUGCCUGUUUUCAUCUCAUUACAAAAUGCUUAAUGAUAUAUAGUUUGUAAAUCAUCCAAAAAAUUGGGUUGUCAAUUGGUUAUGAUCCUAAAUUAAUCAUGUAGAAUCACUAUAUAAAAACAAUUUAUGACCAUCAUUUGUUACAUAAUAAAAUUAUCUCCACCACUGGCUGUUCAUUUCUGAGCAGGAACUAAUUUGCAACAAAGACAGCCAUAUCUAAUUUUUAUUAUGAAGAUAAGAGCUGGAAA